CUCGUUGGUGAGGUCAGCUCUUAGGUCCAACACCAGCAGACCCCCAAGACCUCAGGGUCAAAUCUAUAGCCCGCCUCCAACCAGCUGGAUCUCCCCAGUCUCCUGCUUUACUUCCUCUAAUUCUUGAGGGUUGAAAAAUGACCAUAGUUGACAAAACUGAACCUUCAGACCCAUCAUCCUGUCAGAACCAGCCUGGCAGUUCUGAGGCGGUCUCACCUGAAGACAUGGACACAGGCUCUGCCAGCUGGGGUGCCGUGUCUUCAAUAAGUGAUGUUUCAAAUCAUACACUUUCAUUAGGGCCAGUGCCUGGUGCUGUAGUUUAUUCUAAUUCAUCUGUACCCGAUAAAUCAAAACCAUCACCACCAAAGGACCAAGUCCUAGGUGAUGGCAUUGCUCCUCCUCAAAAGGUUCUAUUUCCAUCUGAAAAGAUUUGUCUUAAGUGGCAGCAAACUCAUCGAGUUGGCGCUGGGCUCCAGAAUUUGGGCAAUACCUGUUUUGCCAAUGCCGCAUUGCAGUGUCUGACCUACACACCACCCCUCGCCAAUUACAUGUUAUCCCAUGAACACUCCAAGACAUGCCACACAGAAGGAUUUUGUAUGAUGUGCAUAAUGCAAACACACAUUACCCAGGCACUCAGCAACCCUGGGGACGUUAUCAAGCCUAUGUUCGUCAUCAAUGAAAUGCGGCGUAUAGCUAGACACUUCCGUUUUGGAAACCAAGAAGACGCCCAUGAAUUUCUUCAGUACACAGUUGAUGCCAUGCAGAAAGCCUGUUUAAAUGGCAGCAACAAAUUAGACAGACACACCCAAGCUACCACCCUGGUCUGCCAGAUAUUUGGAGGCUACCUAAGAUCUCGAGUUAAAUGUUUAAAUUGCAAGGGUGUUUCAGAUACCUUUGAUCCAUAUCUGGACAUAACGUUGGAGAUUAAGGCUGCUCAGAGUGUUACCAAGGCAUUAGAGCAGUUUGUGAAGCCGGAACAACUGGAUGGAGAAAACUCCUACAAAUGCAGCAAGUGCAAAAAAAUGGUUCCAGCUUCAAAGAGAUUCACCAUCCAUAGGUCCUCUAAUGUUCUCACCAUUUCACUGAAGCGCUUUGCCAACUUCACUGGUGGAAAAAUUGCUAAGGAUGUGAAAUAUCCUGAGUACCUUGAUAUUCGGCCCUAUAUGUCUCAGCCCAAUGGGGAACCAAUUAUUUAUGUUUUGUAUGCUGUGCUGGUACACACUGGUUUUAACUGUCAUGCUGGCCACUACUUUUGCUACAUAAAGGCUAGCAAUGGCCUCUGGUAUCAGAUGAAUGAUUCCAUCGUGUCCACCAGUGAUAUUAGAUCGGUGCUUAACCAGCAAGCUUAUGUGCUCUUCUAUAUCAGGUCACAUGAUGUGAAAAAUGGAGGGGAACCCACUCAUCCUACCCAUAGUCCUGGCCAGUCCUCUCCCCGCCCAGGAAUCAGUCAGCGGGUCGUCAACAACAAGCAGGCAGCACCAGGGUUUAUUGGACCCCAGCUGCCUUCCCAUGUCAUGAAGAAUGCACCACACUUGAAUGGCACCACACCAGUGAAAGACACGCCAAGUAGUUCCAUGUCAAGCCCUAACAGAAACACCAGCGUCAGCAGGGCCAGUCCUGUUAAUGCUUCGACUUCUGUGCAAAGCUGGUCUGUCAGCAGGCCCUCAGUUAUUCCAGAGCACCCCAAGAAGCAAAAAAUUACCAUCAGUAUUCACAACAAGUUGCCUGUUCGCCAGGGUCAGGCACAGCUGAAUAACAACCUCCAUGGCCCUUCUCUGGAGGCCCCUAGCAAGGCGGCACCUUCCUCCACCGUCACUAACUCCUCUGCAAUACAGUCUACCUCGAACGCACCCGUGACAUCAGUCUCUAAUAAAGUAGCAAAAUCAGUUUCCCCUAGUGAAUCCUGUUCUAAGCCCAUGGUGAACGGCAAGGCUAAGGUGAGCUCCAGCGUGCUGGUCCCCUACGGGGCUGAGUCCUCAGAAGAGUCUGAUGAGGAGUCAAAGGGCCUGGCCAAGGAGAAUGGUGUAGCUAUGACGGCCAGCAGCACUUCCUGUGACGGGCCGGAAGCUGAAGAUGAGAACAGUGAGGCUUCGCCUCAGGAGCUGCAAGAAUCUGUCACGUUAAAUGGUGCUAACAGCCCAGACAGCGACCUGAGAGAAAACGGCCUGGCCUUUGACAGUACCAGCUGCCAGGUCCAGCCCGAUCUACACACAGAAAACCUCUUUUCCAAACUUAAUGGUCUUCCUGGAAAGGUGACCCCUGCUCCUUUACAGUCUGUUCCUGAAGACAGAAUCCUCGAGACCUUCAAGCUUACUAACCAGGCAAAGGGCCCAUUGGGUGAAGAGAGUUGGACUACAACAAGGGAAAGCCCCCCGAAGGACCCUGUUUCACAGCUGGAGCCCAUCAGUGAUGAGACUGGUCCCUUUGAGACACUGGAGGCCGUCACCAAUGGGAGCAUAAAGACCCCUACGACCAUGUCACCCCUGGAACCUACCAUCAACUGUACCAAAGAAGACUCCUCGAUUGUUGUUUCAGCUAACCCUGUGGAGGCUCCGCCCUCCAGCACUGCUCUUUGUAACACCACCGGUACUACCUUGGGGGAUGCCCCACCGCCCGAAUUGUGUGACCCUGAUGACUUGACUACCAGCCCGAGCCAGCCAACCCAAGCAGUGAAAGGGGAGAUAGCUGAGAACCCGCAGGACUCCAGCGUGGCUGAAGCAGUGGAGAGGCUGAGCCCGGCUCCCUCAGUACUCCCAGGUGAUGGGUGUGAGCAGAAACUCUUCCUUUACCUCAGCACAGAGGGAUCUGAGGAAGCGGAAGACUCUUCCAGAAGCUCAGGGUUCUCUGCAGACACAGUGCCCCCUCAGCCUGACAGGACCACCAGCUCUUGUGAAGGGGCUGCCGAGCAGGUGACUGGGGACAGAGGUGAUGGAAGCAAGGUGGGACCCAAAGUUCAAGAGCCUUCCCCAGCUAAGGAAAAGAUGAGCAGCCUCCGGAAAGUGGAUCGAGGACAUUAUCGAAGCCGGAGAGAGCGUUCUUCUAGUGGGGAGCAUGUGAGGGAUGGCAGGGCCCGGACAGAGGACCACCACCAUAAGAAGCGGCGCUGCUACAGCCGAGAGCGGCCCAAGCAGGAGCGCCACCCUGCUAAUACAUACUGCAAUGGGGGCCAGCACCUGGGCCAUGGUGACAGAGCCAGCCCUGAGCGCCGCUCCCUGAGCAGAUACAGCCACCAUCACUCACGGGUUAGGAAUGGCCCAGAGCAGGACUGGAGCCGGUACCACCAUUUGGAAAACGAGCAUGCCUGGGUCAGGGAGAGAUUCUACCCAGACAAGAUGCGGUGGGACAAAUGCAGGUAUUACCAUGACAGGUACACCCCGUACACGGCCCGAGAGUGGCGGCCUCUGCGUGGUCGUGAACAUGAACGCACUGCCCAGCCUGGGCGCCCACACAAAGACGGCUACUGGGGCCGUAAGGGCUGGGAGCCGCAACCCCGGGGGAAGGAACGGCCCCACUUCCACAACCCACGAGAAGCCCCUGGCCUUGCCCUGCCCCUCGAGAGGCAUCCCCAGGAGAAGGCUGUUCUGGACGUGCAGGAAAGCAGCCACAGCCUCCCUGAGCGCUUUCAUGAACACGAAAGUGUCAAGUCGAGGAAACGGAGGUAUGAGACUCUAGAAAAUGUUGAUGGCCGCCUAGACAAAAAAGCCCACAAAAGUCUAGAGAAGGACACUUUGGAAGAGCCAAGGGUGAAGAAGCACAAAAAAUCUAAAAAGAAAAAGAAGUCCAAAGAUAAACAUCGGGAUCGAGACGGCAGGCACCAGCAAGAAUCCGACUUUUCGGGAGCAUGCUCUGACACUGACCUCCAUAGACACCGGAAGAAAAAGAAGAAAAAGAAAAGACAUUCGAGGAAGUCAGAGGACUUUAUGAAAGAUGUUGAGAUGCAUUUACCGAAGUCCUCAAGCUAUGAGGCUGUCGGCCAUUUCCGGAGAACGGAGGGCACCUUUCUGCUGGCUGAUGGCCUGCCUCUGGAAGACAGUGGCUCUCUCCGGGAGAAAACCAAGCAUUUAAGGAUGGAAAGCCGGCCUGACAGAUGUCAUCUGUCAGAGUAUGGCCAGGGUAAGAAGAUGGGGAAUGAAGGACACAGCUCUUUGAGUUAACAUGUUUUGGGAAAGGUCCUGAACACAGAAAUGUAAGGGGCACAGAAGGGUGUGAGAGUGGACUCAAGAUGCCCCCAAACAAGACCCUCCCGAUGAGCAGAGGUGUGGUUUGACCUCCGGCUGGGUGUGACCUCUGUUGAAGGCCUGAGUUGCAUGGAGCUGGGCCGGGCAUAACCUAUGUGCUCAGACCCCCUGGAACUCAGAGCGCCUAUGUGUGUCACACAGAACUUUGGCUUUUAAAGUAUUCUGUGCCUGUGUGUAUAUUUGUGUGCACUCACAUGUACAUCUGUGUGUGUGUAUAUUGUGUUAACUUCUGAAUCCCUAAAGGCCCUAGCAUACCCCAUUUCCUAAGCCAUAACUCAGUAUUUUGGUCUCUAGAGAUGUAUCUACAAUGUGGGGCUCUGGCAUCCUCCAGGCUGCUGGUUUCUGAGGUGUUUUUACUGGAUCUCCUCUCCCUAAAUGAUGGUUCCAGGCUAGUCCGGAACUCAAAUCCUCCCUCACCCUCCUAGUGCUAAGAUUACAGACCAGUGCCAGUGUGCUUGGCUGCCCCUUUCUCUUCCUACCCUGUUUCUAGUGAGCUUUUCCUCUAAAUGGGAGCAUUUGGCUUGUAAAAAAUGUACAGGAUAUGAAUGUCAGUUGGGCCAGAGCAGAGGCUGGCAAACUGUAGCCCUGGGGCUACAGCCUAACCUGCAAUUCAGAACGGCUCUAACACUUGAAAGUACUUAGUAGUAUUUGUUCAAGUGAAACACUGUGUGAAAUCAGUAGACUUUGGCUGAAGCUCGUGUUUUGUGUUGUACUGUUUUGGUGCCACUCAGUAGAGGUAAGACAUGGCCUGUCCCAUUGAAAAGGUUUUCAUCAUCUGGUCCUUGAUAUAAAAAGCUUGUCCAUUCUGCCCCAGACACCCAAAGAUUAUGGUCACGAAUAAAAGGCACGUGUGUUGCUACAGAGACGUGUUAGUGACCGAGUGGAACCUUUUGCUCUUUGGCAGUCCACUCGUACACUGCAUCAGGCUACCCCAAACUGGUGGCUGGUUUGCAGCUAAUGCCUCUGCACCCACACCUCUGCUGUGACCACUGACCCUUCCUUACAAACUUCAGUUCUUCCUACAGCUCUCUGUAGGACUCUGAGCUCAUUUCUUUGGGCUGAAAUCUGUCUGUCACAUAAGAAUGUACAGCAGUAUGCUGGGGCAGAGACCUGGUCCUCGGGCGUGGCUCUAGAGCAUCCUCUGUUGGUGUUCUUUGAAGCACUGCCAGCCAGUGUCUGCUUGCUCAUCCUGUAGGAGUGAUUUUUCAGCAGCUGACAUCAAACUGCAGGAACUGAUUGUAGUCAGU